GUUGUGUACACAAUAUAUUUUAUUUUGUUCAGGCUAUUCAAUUAUUAUUAAUUUAUUGACUUAUAUGUAAUUUAUGCUUUUUGGUUAUAAUAUAUUGCAUCAUCAUCAUCAAACAAAACAAUCUUUCCUGCUUUCCUGAACACCAGAAAACUUGAUACCUUGGAAAUAUGGAAGAUGAUAAAGCAUCAAGCAAAAGUAGUCCUGGAGUAAAGAAAUUAUUUGAAUUAAAGAAAUGGAAUGCUGUUACUUUAUGGGCUUGGGACAUUGUUGUGGACAAUUGUGCUAUUUGUCGUAAUAACAUCACGGACUUAUGCAUUGAAUGUCAAGCCAAUCAAGAUUCAGGGUCUAGCGAAGAAUGUACAGUUGCGUGGGGCGUAUGUAAUCAUGCUUUUCAUCUUCACUGCAUAUCUCGUUGGUUAACAACUCGACAAGUAUGUCCACUUGAUAACAAAGAAUGGGAAUUCCAGAAGUAUGGUUUAUAGAAAUACAUCCAGAAUACAUUUUAACAUAUAUUUCAUUGCUUGUAUGGAUAAUAAAUAUUGAAGUAUUAUUAAAAUGUCCAUAAAAUUAAUAUUUAAAGAAGUAGAUUGUCAACCAUUAAAUUACCUUUUUCUUAUUUUUUAUAUCAAACUAUUUUA